AACGGGAAUUACAAAGAAAAUUAACCGAACCUGUUCGGUUGAGUUCGAAUUUCGGUUUUUUCCGAGUUUUGCUUACUCCUAGUAAUCUGUCACACUCCCGCUCACUCCACACUCAAAAGUUCCCUCUAACUGAUAACCGGAAACCACCGUAAAUGGCUGCAACAGCAACGCCAACUGGCGGCGCAUUCACACUAACGCCGCAUAAAGUCUCGGUCUGCAUCCUUCUUCAACUGCAAACAACGCCGCCUUUUCCUUUCUCUUCAAUAUCUCAGCAUAAUCGCCUUGGUUUAUACCUCUUGGCUCUCACGAAGUCUUAUGAUGAUAUUUUGGAGCCAACAUUAGAGGAUCUAGUAAAUCAAUUGAGGGAAAUUGGAGGAUCGUUAGGUCAAUGGUUAAUUCAUAGUUUGACAAAUAGGGUUUGCAAUUUGUUGUCUCCUGAUGAUUUGUUCACCUUCUUUAGUGAAAUGAGAGGAAUUCUUGGAGGAUCUGAUUCAAUAGUCAUGGAUGACAGUCAAGUUAUUCUUGAUCCUAAUAGUAUUCUUGGAAUGUUUCUCCGUCGAUGUGUAUUGGCCUUUAAUGUGUUGUCCUUUGAGGGUGUGUGCCAUCUUUGGACCAAUAUAGCAAACUAUAAGGAAGCCCUUACAAAUUGCCUUCCAUAUGAGUUGCAUGGGGUAGAUGGUUCAAGUAACGAUAUGGAGUCAUUUUCAGAAUAUGAAAAUAUGGACCUGGAGAAUUUUGUUUUUGAGAAAGUUAGCGAGGAAAUUGAAGAAAGAAAGCAGGCUAGUGAAAGGGUUUCUUUUCACCUUCAUGCACCCCAAGGGCUUUUUGGAUUGGUUGAAGAUGUUGAGGUUGUUGCUAACCCAUCCAAACAUGGUGACAAAGGCGCGGAAGGUUGUCGACAUGUACAUCCUCCAGGAAACACAGCAACUGAUGCUGAUCCCAUUGGAGAGGUAUUCCUACGAACAAACUGGCAGGUACAAGGAUACUUAAUGGAGCAAGCAGAUACGAUUGAGAACAGGCAUGGCAGUUCUUUCUCUUUUAAUGCCUUUGAAAUGAUUUUAGGCCAGAUUAAAAAAUUGGCCCCUGAGCUGCAUCGUGUUCAUUAUUUACGUUACUUAAAUAGCCUUUAUCAUGAUGAUUAUUUUGCUGCUGCGGAGAAUCUUCAUUGCUACUUUGAUUACAGUGCAGGGACAGAGGGAUUUGAUUUUGCACCACCAUCUUCUGGAUCUAAUAACUCUGAAAGAUAUGAGAUCGCUUUGUUAUGUUUGGGCAUGAUGCAUUUCUACUUUGGGCAUCCUAAGCAAGCUUUAUUGGUCUUAACCGAAGCAGUCCGUGUUUCUCAGGAGCAAAGCAAUGACAGUUGUCUUGCUUACACUUUAGCAGCUAUCUGCAACUUGUUAUCUGAAAUUUGUAGCUCAACUACAGCUGGAAUACUUGGAACAUCCUACUCUCCUAUUACCAGCAUGGGCAUUUCAGUGUCUGUGGCACAACAGUUGUUUGUUCUCUUGAGAGAGUCUCUGAAGAGAGCAGAAAGUUUAAAGUUGAAAAGAUUAGUUGCUUCUAAUCACCUUGCAAUGGCCAGAUUUGAUAUGAUGCAUGUGCAAAGACCUCUACUAUCAUUUGGUCCCAAAGUCUCCAUGAAGCUUAAAACCUCUCCAAUAAAUGUUUGCAAGAAACUCAGAUUAUGUUCAUAUUUGAUUAGUGAAUUUGCCUCUGAAAUCUCCACUUCAACCACUGAUGGUGCUUUUAGUACCACUUGGCUUAAAAAUUUGACAAAACCAAUGGGUUCACUAGUGUUGACCCAGGAGAAUGGAUCUGGAGAAAAUUUUCAUGCCCUUCAGUUCUGUAUGCAACCAAGUUCAAUUCCCAGAUCUGUUUUGCAAUUAUUAGGUUCUUCGUACUUGCUCCGCGCCACUGCAUGGGAGACAUAUGGAAGUGCCCCUCUUUCUCGAAUAAAUGCUCUAGUUUAUGCAACUUGUUUUAUUGAUUCCUCAAGUUCGUCAGAUGCGGCAUUAGUGCAUGCCAAGCUCAUUCAAAAUUUAGCAGCAUUUCAGGGAUAUAAAGAGGCCUUUUCUGCUCUUAAAGUAGCUGAAGAGAAAUUUUUAUCUGUUUCAAGAUCAGUACUUUUACUACUAAAACUGCAGCUGCUACAUGAACGUGCUUUACAUAGGGGACAAUUAAAAUUAGCACAACAAGUAUGCAAUGAACUUGGUGUUCUGGCAUCAUCUGUCAAUGGUGUUGACAUGGAGCUUAAGAGAGAAACAAGUCUUCGUCAUGCUCGUACAUUGCUUGCUGCAAAGCAAUUCAGCGAGGCAGCUGCUGUUGCACAUUCCCUCUUUUGCAUGUGUUACAAAUUUAAUAUGCAGGUUCAAAAUGCCACUGUUCUUCUUCUGCUUGCUGAAAUUCACAAGAAAUCAGGCAAUGCUGUUUUAGGGCUUCCAUAUGCGCUGGCAAGCCUCUCAUUUUGCCAGUCUUUUAACUUGGAUCUUCUCAAGGCAUCAGCUACUCUCACCCUGGCGGAGCUGUGGCUCUCUCUGGGAUCAAAUCAUGCAAAGAGGGCCUUAUCGCUUGUACAUGGGGCUCUUCCAAUGGUUCUUGGCCAUGGAGGUCUGGAGCUACGAGCUAGGGCUCGAAUUGCUGAAGCAAAAUGCUAUCUCUCUGAUUCGAGUUACUCAGUUUUUGAGGAUCCUGAGGUUGUACUGGAUCCUUUGACACAAGCUUCUGAAGAGCUUCAGGUGUUGGAGUAUCAUGAGUUGGCUGCUGAAGCCUUCUACUUGAUGGCCAUGAUUUUUGACAAACUGGGAAAACUAGAAGAAAGGGAAGAAGCUGCAGCUUCAUUCAAGAAACAUGUAACAGCUCUCGAGAAUCCUCAGAACGAGGAUGAUCCUCUCUUAAUUUUGUUACGAUAAAAGUUGAGAUUCUGUUUCAUGUAAAUUAAAAUGGUGACAUCUAUACUGCUGGUAGUUUUUACUAUCUUUUACUUUUCCAUACAAUGUAGCCUUUAUGCAUUUUGUUCUCCGUAUAGUGUCUGCUAAUUGUAACUAGCAUUUAAAGCUGCAAUAUUAAGAUGAUUCCAAUCAUAACUUGAUCUCUCUAUGAUCACCGGUA